AUGGAAACUUACCUCCAAUACCGCCGGAUAGGGCGUGAACUUCAAAGACAACUUGAAUCCGACGUUGUGGCUGUUCGAAAACUGCCAUGCCUAUCUCGCCAAGAGACCCGUGUCGUCAAUGGGCGGCCAAUCCUUGUCGUCGAAUGGGACGGACCCGACGAUGAUUUGAACCCGCGCAAUUGGCCGUUCUUCAAACGUUUUUACGCGACAAUAAUCAUAUCACUCAUUGCAUUUAUGGUGGGCGCCGCCGCACCCAUCGAUAGUGCGGUGCUACCUCAAGCCGCCAAAGAUCUGGGGGUCAGCGACAUUGUCGAAACACUGGCAGUUGGAAUAUUCUUGGUCGGCUUUGGAUUCGGAGCAUUGAUUUGCGGCCCGUUCAGCGAGGUCAUCGGGAGAAACAUGACAUAUAUAGGGUCUCUUGCCUUCAUGUGCAUCUGGUUGAUGGCGUCGGCUCUGGCCCCAAAUAUCGGUGCUCAACUGGUCUUUCGAUUCCUUGCCGGCUUCAGCGGUGCUUCCCCUCUCGUCUGUGCCGGAGGUUCCAUUUCUGACAUGUUUACACCUCUCGAGAAAACAUACAUGUUUCCGCUCUUCUCGUUUCCGGGCUUUCUGGGCCCUGCCUUGGGCCCGGUGAUGGGAGCGUGGAUUCCAGAAUCACCAUAUCUCCAUACCUGGCGCUGGGCGGAAUGGGUUGCUCUUCUGACUGCUGGCGUCGUAUUCUUCUUGACGUUCUUCUUCCAGCCAGAGACAUAUUCACCCUUGCUGUUAAGCUGGAAGGCAACACAAUUGCGGAAGAUCACCGGAGACGAUCGAUACUACGCCGAACACGAGAUUGAGCGCAUCCCGCUAUCGACACGUUUGAGGAUCGCCCUGCCUCGUCCCUUCAUCAUGGCCUUUUACGAACCUGUCAUCUUCUUGAUCACUCUUUACAUGUCCGUCCUCUACGUCGUUCUAUUCACCUUCUUUGAUGGUUACGAGUACAUCUUCCGCCGGACAUACAAUCUCUCACAGGGCUUGUCCAACACAAUCUUUGUCGGCAUCGCCGUCGGUGUUUGUUUGGGAAGCGUAGUGAUCCCGUGGAUCUACCAAAGAACAUUGCGAGCACAGCAAAGGGCGGAAGCCCAGGGCAAAAAGCAAUUCGAUCCUGAAGUCCGACUGUGGUUUGCCAUGCUGGGUGGCGCCCCUGCCAUCCCCAUUUCCCUCCUGUGGAUGGGUUGGACUGCAUAUCCAAACGUGUCCAUCUGGUCGCCCAUCCUGGCGUCCGUGUUGUUCGGUUAUGGCGUGAUCACCAUCUUCAUCAGCUCAUACAUGUAUCUGAUCGACAGCUACGAGACAUACGCUGCGAGUGCCCUCACUUUCGCAACACUCGUCCGAUACUGCUGUGCCGGCGGCAUGACCGUUGUUGGAAUUCCAUUCUACCAGAAUAUUGGUCACCAUUGGACGCUCACAAUUCUGGCAUGCAUAAGCGCUCUGCUGGCACCAAUUCCGUAUGUGUUCUACAGAUACGGCUACAUUAUCAGGAGGAAGAGUCAAUUCGCCGUCUCGAGGUCCGUUGAGGAUGCCACACCCUCGAAUUCUGUGGAAUCAGGGUCUUCGGGCUCUUCGUCCUUGAGUAUUCCAAUUGAGCAAGGGAAAACGGAAGAAGGGGAGGAGCAACCGGAACAACGAAGGGACUCAUGA